GUCAGAGCGCCUUCCGUAUGGGAGGAUCACGGACUUGCACCUGACUAACACGUCAUUAGCCUGCAAUCCCUGGCCACACUGCUGAGUUUGAAUCUUGAGAGUCUUCCGAAGCUGAAAAUCGGCUGCUUGUUGUGUCGACACGGUUCCAUGAUCAUCCGAACCGGCGAAACUGUCUUGCGGGACGACUCCUGUUACCGACUUUCACGACAAUAAACUGAGGACCAAGGCUAGCCUGAUCGGAAAUGGCUUCGGACGGCAAUCAAGGUCAACUAGAGCUGCUUGAAACUUCCACCAAAAGCAGGCCACGACGGACCUAUUCUCACAAGGGAAGGACGAGUUGGGCGGUGUCUCUUCCCGCACUCAAACCGAGUUCGUCCUCUGUUAGUUGUCGCUCAAAUGCGCAAAUGCAUGCUGACUCUGCCGCCUCUCUAGUCACCUCGCCAGUGACACCAGCCAGUCACUCACAAACCUCACCAGCCUCCGAAGAGUCUGAUGUCUCAGACGCCGAAGAAGACGAAGAUGACGAUUUUCUCAUUCUCUCAGGACAAGCCUUCGCCAAUAAUACCAAACACGACCGACGCACGGGGAAUGGAAUGAGGAGCCUUCGCCGCCGCCCGUUCCUAAUCUUCGACAAAACUGAAUCCAAAGGCUACAAGCAACUGAAGAAUGAGCCUCGGCCUGCAAAGACGCCCCCAGUAUCCCGGUACCAACCAGGUGAUGGAUUCUCGGGUCGUGAAGCCAAACCAAACGGCUCAACCCUCCUGGUCCGCACAGGCAAGCUCUCCAUCGCCAGACCACACGUGGGGAUCCUCGACCUGACGCAAUCUGAACCGGCACUAACCAAGAAGAAACGGAACAUUCGAAAGGCUAACCUCGAUGACAACUCGUUUAUGGCUGCCCCAAAGAAGAAGACUCGGCGGCCUCUCCAGCCAAAGGACCCCAACCAGCCGCUAAAA